UUAGCAAUCGUCAUUUUGCUAACAGUUUCGGAGCGACGGUUAAGCUGAAAGCGCGUGGUUCAUCCUGAGAGAAUAAAAACGGGGGUACGGGGCGAGGCGAAGAAAAGGCCGUGCAUGCGGUAAAGUUGUCUUGAUAAUAUAUUCAGUUGCCAAACAAGUUUCCUAAUAACGAAGGGAAUCCUGGUUUGUUGAGUGCUCCUGAGAUUGCUCAUACUUGAGCUUAAAACUCAGGGCUCUACUAGUGCGCGCCGUACCAUUGUUACGACGGGAUCUUUAAGAAAAUGGCCGACAAUUGGACACGGAGCGUCCCUUGCCGGUAUUUUAAAAAUGGUAUAUGCCGAGAGGGAAAUAACUGCCAGUAUCGUCAUGUGCAAGAAACAAGACGUGAGGGUGGUUCCAGCAUCGAGACGGAGGCUACAUCAACUGUAACUGCUGCCUCUACAGCUGCCUGUCAUUUCUUCAAGCAAGGGAUGUGCAAGUUUGGUGACCGAUGCCGGUUCAAGCACAUCACGGACGAGGAUUCCAGCCCAGCCACGGCCGAGACUUCUUCUUUCGAGUCCCACACUUCCGGUAUCUCUUCUGCUUCGGUUACGGAAAAGAUUAAGGAGGUCCCACGACUGGCUGAGGAAUGGGUGAACGCUCCAGAGUUCGUACCAUUGUCAAUACCAACCGCCUCGUCUUCAUCGACGGCUGAGACCUCUAGUACAUCAGCAACUACAUCAGCACCAGUCUCCUACGCUCGGGCUGUGAAUGCUACCGGACAGUCAGUAACCUCAUCGUCUGCCCCGCUUUGUCCCUACGCAGAAGCCAGUGGCAUAUGUAAAAAACCAAACUGUACAUACGUACACGGCGACAUAUGCGAGCUGUGCGGUCGUGCAGCACUUCAUCCGCACAAUGAGGAGGAACGGAAGAAACACACAAACGCUUGCGUCAAACAGCACGAGGUCGACAUGGAACUCUCGUUCGCUAUACAGCGGAGUCAAGAAAAGUCAUGCGGUGUUUGCUUCGAGGUGAUAAUGGAGAAGUCUACGCGGGAACAAAGGUUCGGUAUCUUACCGAACUGCAACCACUGUUUUUGCUUAACCUGUAUAAGGAAGUGGAGACAAGCCACGCAAUUCGAUAAUAAAAUCAUCAGAGCCUGUCCAGAGUGCCGUGUCACUUCGGACUUUGUUUGUCCUAGUAUGUACUGGGUCGAUACAAAAGAAGAAAAAGAAAAGCUCAUUAUGGAUUAUAAAGGAGUACUCAGCACCAAGGACUGCAAGUACUUCAUGAAGGGUCGUGGCAAGUGUCCCUUUGGCAACAAGUGUUUCUACCUGCACGCUCUACCUGACGGUACCAAGGCGGACGUGGGACCACCAGUUCGACAGCGACGCAACGCUGACUCCGACAUUGAUUUCUUGCACCAGAUCAUCCUAUGGGACUUCUUGGACGCGCGGGACAAUCACUUGAUGUACAGCAUCGACGAGCUCGAAGAUAUUGUUGCCUUUUUCUCAGAUUCGGAGGACUCCGAUUGGUCGGAGUACGAUUUAUUUUUUGACUAGUUGUAUCGCUGUCGCGAUAUCACAACACUUCCCCCCCCCCCAACCCACCCUCAACUCGCCAGGCGUGAUCCGCCCGAGCCGUAGCUUCACGAAUCUCGAGCUCGAUACUGCUCAUCCCCUGUAAGAUGGUAGUAUUAAAGCUUUCGACACUCUCGUGCACAUAAAAUGAAAAAUGGAAAAAAAAAACACUUGGCUGACAGUGCUUCAAGCUCGACGCGAUAUAUAUAUCGCGAUUUAUCGCAAUCGCAUUAUUAAGUGACCAUCAGGUAAGUAUCGAUAAGUAAUGGCGAUCGAUUCUUCGACUUUCUCAACGCUUCACGUAUAUCGCCACUUAUCCUACGAUUAUCGUGUCGAUUGGGAUGGCAAAAGAUGGCCGCUCAAAUCUUACCAAGAAUUGCACAAUCUAUGCAUUCAAAUCGAAUAUAACAAUGGAUGCGAUCGGAAGGGUAAAAAGAGUUUCUUUUAAGAUUAUGGCUGACUUUCGAAUAGGCCCUUGAAUCGCAUAAAGAAGAGGACGCUGUUGUAGACACGUUGAUCGUAUCCAAUCGUUUACUCGACUAAUCCAGGUUUUUCAAUCACCACGCGAUACUUAGACUAAUGUCCACCGUUCACGCGCCGUAUAUUAACAGUUCACGUAUCCUUUACCGUUUGCUCAAGAAGUUGCGCGUGAAGAUGCCGAGUGUCGUGUCGAUUAUGGUCACUCGAUCCAAUGAUACUUAUCGCUCCUAGUGAUCGUGGAGUUGAGUUGCAGCUCCCGUCGUUUGCCUCGGAUGUUACUUUAAGAGAUCCUUAAGGAACUUUAGAUCGCGCCAAAGCGAUUAAGAAAAAAAAGAUAUCAGCUCGCCGUUUUCGAACCUUAAGAUCGAUGUUCGAUGUAACAUGAAUAAUGUACCGCGCGAUAUUUAUCCUUAGGAGUGUCGUUUUAAGAGUUAAUUGUAUCGGAGUUAUAUGAUUAAGGAGUCUCGCUGUACUUUAUCUGGUUUAAUCCUUUGGCAAGUGUGUGGCAUUUGUAUUUUAUCGGGUACGCGAUUGUUCAUGUCCUGAACGUCUAUACAGUAACUUUUUGAUGUAACACGCUGUCUACAGAUUGAAUGUAAAUUGCACGCAAUGUCACGAAUUUUUAAUGCACGUGGAUACGAGCAGGCAAUAUUCAAUCAAUGGAAUACCCAGGUUUAGGAGCCGCGUUACACAUACAUUGGAUUCACGUUUGACACCGCAUAUGAGAAUGAUUAGAUCGUCUAUUCGUAUACUUAAUUGAAUAUACUUAAAGGAAAAGGAAAAUAAUGAGAGAGAAAAAGAAAGAAAACGGACGUUCGGCUUGAAGUACGAUUUACCGAGUAUCAUCCUACCUCCCGCUGCGGCUCCGCAAAUAUUUAAGAAAUUCCUUUAAAUUAUUCAACCUGUAUAGCGUUACUUUGUAUAUUGCGUUAGAUGUAUUUUUUUUUUUUAUUAUUUUUGUUUCUGUUUGAAUGCAUGAACGAACGAGUGAAUCGCGUGAUUGUUGUUUUUUGUGUGUGCGUCUUGCCUCUACGAUGAUAUACGAGCGAAUGUGUGCGAACGAAUGCUGAUAAUAGCGUUAGUGAUGAUAAAAUAUGCGCUUUCAGAAUGGAUUCUUUCGCGAGAGAAAAUGAAAAACGUUUAAAUAUGGCGCUCGACUUGUGAUAGAUUGAGGUGGAGCACGCUCGAUAAUACACUGCUACUGCCUUCGUUGCUAUUGUUGCUAUAUUUAUUAAGAUAGCUUUACGUAAUGCGUUUAAACAUUAAUUAUCCUAGCGACAUUCGAUUUACAUAUUAUUGAAUAUUGUCAGUUUCGUUUUACGGGCUGAUGCUGAAUUCUCUAUUGCUUUAUCCAUUAAUAUCAUUAUAAUGUAGCGACGACACUCGUUAAUGUCCACAAUUAUUAUCUCUGUAUUCCAAUUUAGCGAAUAUCGUCGCGGUCGUAUUGAUUCUUUUUUUUUUCUUUCUUUCUCUUUCUAUUGCUUUAUUUCUCUUUUUAGUGAUAACACUUAGCUUAGCGUAUUUUAUUAGAAAUCUCAUAAUCACAAAAAUGAUUAAAUUUCGCGUACCUCUCUCGUGCACUAGCCGCAUCGUUUGAUGACUUAGCGCUAUUAACGACUUCGUACUAAUUAGUAAUUAAUUUACUUAUAUACUUAAGCGGCUUGGUUCUCGUGCAGAUGCUUCACGUAAUAUUUAAAAAAUUGUCAACGAUGCGUUGAAGUAGCGCCUGUUUAUAUUUGAGAAAGGGAUGCUAAGGAUAUAUAUAUAUAUAUAUAUAUAUAUAUAUAUAUAUAUAUAUAUGUAUAUGUAUAAAACAAAAUUAUGCUUUCCCAAUUGGUUCGUGAUAGCGACUUCUCGAAGUUCUAAUGAAGCAAUCAAUGCUCUCUGGAUUGAGAUUAAUUAUUCGGUACCUCCAUCCUUUUUAAUCCUAACAAUGGAUAUUUCGUUUUCGCUAAUAAUCGCUCAGAGGAUAUCUCGACUGGAAUCGGGGAUGGGGACUCUGGCGAAAUUUUAUUAUAAAAUUAUACAUAAUAUUUUAAUAACACGUUCUUGACUGGGGCGAGCUAUCGAAAAACUUAAAUAUUCCUCAACUCACCUUCGAGCUGUACAAUUUUAAUAUGAUCCGUGCAAACAAUUAUUUUCUUUUAAUAUAAUGCCACGUCGAUUGUCAAAACCAACUAUUGUCCUUAGCAUCCCUGUCUUGGCGAUUAGCUACGAUGUUAAAACGAUACAAGAAUAGUAAAUGAUGUAAGCCCGUGAUAAAUACCAUUGGUAUGAUGAUAUAGUAUAUUAACGAUAAAAAUACAUCUGGUGGUAAGCAAAAUAAUUGAAAGCCUGAGAAAAGAGACGAAUGUCAUUGCUUUCUCUUAGGGUAUAUUUAUAGAUUUUGAAAAAUCGUCAUUGAUAUUUGUAAGUCCGCACGACGAAGCACACGCAAGUCUCUCGUUAUUAAUUCGAAUUUAAUUAAGAACGACCCUCGGAUGAAGAUUGAAAAUAACAUCAGCCCCACCGCUAUACGAGUUAUUAAUACUACUGUACGUUUGUAACUAUUGCUUUAGACCUUUAUAAAGGUUCGAUCUGACCUUACGACCCUCGACCCACUUCAAGGCCCUCAGGUCCACGUCGCGACUCUCAGUAUGUAUUUAUUCGCGCAUUAAUCGUAUACCAGAGAGCAAAGGGCAUUAAAAUGCGUGUAUAAGAUUAUUUCGAGGGUCGUACCGUCAGCGUUGUUCGUUCGAUAAUCCAUCAAUAUUAUUAUCGACGAUAAAGAGUCUAUAAUGCCGUUGGAGAUCGUAGUACCACCUUUCGUAAGUAAUGAAUGAAUGAAUCUAGCAUAUUUACGUAAUACUAACAUCAGAGCCGUGGGUCACGGCGAUGCUAACCGUUAUACGCAAGAAAACCGAUUUAAUUAAUUGUCGGACCUAAUGAUUAAUCGGAAUGAAAAGUAUAUUAAAAAAGCGAAAACAAAAACAAAAUUGAUAAAGAUACAUUUUCGUAUGCGCCGUUAGAGCCUCUUAGUCAUUAAUUUGUAUGUUAGUAUGGGAGUUCGAUGGUUGGCUUCGAAUUCAUUUCUUACGAUAAUAUAUUUUUGUUAUUGGAAGUAGAAAACGUAAUAAACAAUUAUCGGUGAAUACACUGGA